AUGGACACACCUGAUUCCACUGCUACUACUCAAUCAGCACCUGAACCUGAACCAACAUUUGAUCGUCAGGUCAAAAUGCUGCAGCCUCCAUCUAAUGCUCCAGCAAGAGUUGAACUUCCUGAGUCCUUCUUUAAAUUAACGGCCAACGAGAUAAAAAGUCUCUACAAGUCUCAUGUCGAACAACGUGAAAAUUUAGAAAACAGGCCAUUGAAGACACAAAAGAUUCGUCAGGCCGAGGAAAUGGAUCGUAUGAAGAAAUACCCACGGACGACCAUCCGUAUCCGGUUUCCAGAUAGCACUAUCUUGCAAGCUGUGUUCAGAUCCCAAGAAAAAGGUAAAAGGAUGCAUUCGCAGCAGACAACAAUGAAGAUAGGAAAAAGGCAAAGAGACACAACAAAAAAGCAGGGUUACUGA